AUGAAGCGUGAAGAAUUACCUACCGAUUUUGUGGAUAACUUAGAUAUUCCUGACGAACAACCUACUGUUGUUGUUUUAAAUCCCGGAGAUCUAACCGCCGAAGAAGCUGAACAAGCUCAAGCUCAACUUGAAAAAGAGGAAGCAGAAAAACCCGCUGAUUUAACCGAACGUGUUAUUUUUCGUAAACCUCCAACGAAACGUGAAAAUAUUCAAGAACCCAAUUUGGAUUCUAAAGAGAAAAAGUCUAAAGUCUCUUCCUCCUCUUCAAAGAAAGAGAAAAAAUCAAAAAAUUCUAAACCGACCUUAUCGUUUAACGAGGACGAAGACGAAGACGAAUUUUAG